CUUGUAUCGAAAUUUUGCACCCCCUUCUCCUCCUCGUCUCCCUUCCCCUUCCCUUCCCCAGCCGCGAGCUCUCCUCCGUAACACAUUCACUGCUUGUCAUUUCAACAUGGGAAAUGUUGCUAGCUGCUGCGAAUCUUGCUUUGGUUCCAGGAGAUCACAAGCAUAUGAGCCUUUACUACUAGAGAAUGAGCGCGAAGCUGUAGCAGAUUUACUUCAAUAUCUCGAAAAUCGAACUACCACAAAUUUCUUCUCUGGAUCACCUCUUCAUGCAUUGACAACUCUUUCCUUCUCUGACAAUGUUGACUUGCAACGUAGUGCCGCUCUGGCGUUCGCAGAAAUCACCGAGAAGGAGGUCAGGCCUGUUGGAAGGGAUACACUCGACCCCAUUCUGUUUUUGCUCAGUAGUCAUGAUGCGGAAGUUCAGAGAGCUGCCAGUGCUGCAUUGGGUAAUUUGGCUGUUAAUACCGACAACAAGCUUCUCAUUGUAAAGUUGGGAGGUCUGGAACCACUCAUACGGCAAAUGCUUAGUCCCAACGUUGAAGUCCAAUGUAAUGCGGUUGGUUGUGUCACGAAUCUGGCAACUCAUGACGACAACAAGACCAAGAUUGCCAAGUCUGGGGCAUUAGUUCCCCUCACCAGACUCGCCCGCUCGAAGGAUAUGCGCGUACAGAGGAACGCCACAGGAGCACUGUUGAAUAUGACCCAUUCUGACGAAAACAGACAACAGUUGGUCAAUGCAGGAGCAAUACCUGUUCUCGUCAGCCUCCUCAAUUCUCCUGACACCGAUGUGCAGUACUACUGCACGACCGCACUUAGCAACAUUGCAGUUGACGGUGCCAAUCGUAAGAAACUUGCCCAGAGCGAGCCCAAGUUGGUGACCAGCCUAGUCGCGCUGAUGGAGAGUACAAGUUUAAAAGUGCAAUGCCAAGCCGCACUAGCGCUUCGGAAUCUUGCGAGCGACGAGAAAUACCAGCUUGAAAUCGUUCGAGCUGACGGCCUAUCAUCUCUCCUUCGAUUACUCCAAUCCGCCUACCUUCCCCUCAUCCUGUCUUCGGCGGCAUGUGUCCGGAACGUGUCAAUACAUCCGCAGAAUGAAUCACCCAUCAUUGAAUCUGGUUUCCUUCAACCUCUCAUCAAUCUACUUUCAUUCAAAGACAACGAGGAAGUUCAAUGUCAUGCCAUUUCUACGCUGCGGAAUCUAGCCGCAAGUUCCGAGAAGAAUAAGACUGCGAUAGUGAAAGCCGGUGCAGUUGAGUCGAUCAAGGAUUUGGUACUCGAGGUACCAAUGAAUGUUCAGAGCGAGAUGACGGCGUGUGUCGCUGUCCUAGCGCUUAGUGAUGACUUGAAGGGACAGUUAUUAGAGAUGGGUAUUUGCGAGGUUUUAAUUCCUCUAACGAACUCUCCUAGCUCGGAAGUGCAAGGCAAUAGUGCCGCCGCUCUUGGAAACCUGUCUUCGAAAGACGGCCGCUCUGCUACCGAUGAUUAUUCAGCCUUUAACGAUGUUUGGGAGAAACCUGAUGGAGGGAUGCAUAGAUAUCUCUACCGGUUCUUAAGUAGUCCAGAUGCUACUUUCCAACACAUAGCCGUAUGGACAAUUGUUCAACUACUUGAAUCUGGAGAUCCUCAGCUGAUAAGUAACAUUCGGAGCUCCUCACUCUUGGUUCCCAAUAUCAGAAACCUUGCCAGUUCUCAAGCUUCUUCGCCGUCAUCUUCUGUCGGUUCACGCUCGCAGUCGUACGACGAUACCGAGACAAAUGACGGCCAAGGAGAGAUCCAGCUGUUAGCGCGGAGGAUUUUGGAGUUUGUUGAUGGAGAUGGGGAUGGAAUGGUUCCCUCGAGCGUGACGCCAUCGCAUAUACAGCCUGGUUCGUCGAUAUCGAGUUCGAGAGAUGCUAGAGAACAUGAGGAGCUGAGGAGGAGUGUAAGGGAGGCGUUUGCACCAGGAUCCCAUCGCUGAGUCACUUGGCCCGGUGCUUGUGUCUGUGUAUUUUGCCAUCCCCCCCCGCUCUCUCCUUGUCUUUUCCUGUUCAUUCUUUUGACGGACGUGAACGCUCCUUUCGAAACUUUAACUUUCUUACUACACUUCCUUUCCCCGUAAUUAUUUGCUUUUUCUUCGUUUGCCUCUUCUUACAUACUUAUUAACGUCGACGUCUGGUUACCGAUCACCUGGAGUCUUUUUUUUUUUGGGGUCUGUGGAAACUCACCAGCUUUUUCGAUGUCACCUGCCGUCUAUCCAAGUUUAAUCGUUGUAUACAUCUCUCUUUCCGGAACAUCGAGUUUUUUUGAAUAU